AGAUUGCUCGAACUAUUAAAGUCGAGGCUAAUGGCUUGAGAUCUUUUAAAGACCUAGUCACCGCUGAGAACUUGGCCAAAUACAAUUUUGCUCCCCUUAUCCAAGCUUUUCCUUCCACUGACCCUGUUGAGAUAGGGCUCAACAAAGAACUAAUCCAGAAGACCAUGGAGGAGAGAAAAAGGGAUAAGUUAGUUAAGAAAGCCAAUCUCCUUCCUUCUAAGAAGUCGAAGUUUGAUCAUUUCCACUCUGCCUCAAGCUCGCUUGCCAAUGCAUUAGAAAGCUCUAGCAAUGAACCAAGAG